CCCAGUGGAGGCGAUGGGGCCCAGGCAGGGGGGCUGCCCCGGGGGGCAAGACAGACCCUGAGGGCCACCCCGAAGAGUAGCAGAGCUGACCCCCUUCACACGAGCCAGGAUGUUCCCUGCCUUCUUCCUCCUCCUCCUCCUAGUUCCCCCAGGAGGCAUCGGGGCUCACCUGGACCGGACCCUCUUUCCAAAUCUGGCCUGCAGGGACCCUCCUGCUGUGCUCUCCGGUGUCCAGGGAAUCCUGCAGUGGCCCCAAGGCCGGGAAAGCCGCCUCCUUCCUAUCACUUGCAUCUGGGUCAUCGUGGGCAGCAAGGAGCAGACGGUGACCAUCAGGUUCCAGAAGCUGCAUCUGGCAUGUGGCUCAGAGCGUCUGAUGCUGAAGUCCCCUCUCCAGCCAUUUAUUUCCCUGUGUGAAGCACCUUCCAGCCCACUCCGAUUCUCUGGGGGCAACGUCACCAUCACCUACAGCUAUACCGGGAAUGGCCGGCCACUGGGACAAGGCUUUCUGCUUUCUUAUAUGCAAGAUCGGUUCACGUGUCUCCGGGAGGAGUUCCGAUGCCCGAACCACAGAUGCGUGCCAAAGGCCCAGCGCUGUGAUGGGGUAGAUGACUGUGGGGAUCAAUCUGAUGAGACUGGCUGUAGCCCAAGCCCUUUCCACAGCUUGACUGCUGUCCCUGCCCCUACCUGCAACCGUACCUUGGAAGAUUUCUACGGUGUCUUUUCUUCCCCAGGCUAUCCCCACUCUGUACUGUACCCAACCCCUCACUCUUGCCUCUGGCUUCUGAAUCCCCAUGAUGGGCGACGGCUGAUUGUUCACUUCACCACUCUAGAGCUAGGCAAAUGGGAUUCAGUGCAUGUAUAUGAUGGUCCUGGGCCCCCAGACCCUGCUCGCCUGCUCCGAAACCUCAACUAUUUCAGCAAUGGCAAAGCAAUCAUGGUGGAGACGCUCUCGGGCAAGGCCACUGUGACCUACCACCUGGGGCCUUGGAGUACUGGCGGGUUCAAUGCCACCUACCAUGUGAAAGGAUACUGCCUGCCCUGGGACCGGCCUUGUGGUGCUGGCUCUGGAGAAGGUCCUGGGGAGGGCUGCUAUAGUGAAGCUCAGCGGUGUGACGGGAUCUGGGACUGUGCAGAUGGCACGGAUGAAAAGGACUGCCCCGGAUGCCUGCCUGGGCGCUAUCCCUGUGGGGCUCCUGGAACCCCCGGCGCCACAGCCUGCUACCCAGCUGCCGAUCGCUGCAACUACCAGACAUUCUGUGUGAACGGGGCAGACGAACAGCAGUGCCGGCACUGCCAGCCGGGCAACUUCCGGUGCAAGGAUGAUCGGUGUGUGUAUGAAACCUGGGUAUGUGAUGGGCAGCCUGACUGCUCUGAUGGCAGCGAUGAAUGGGACUGCGCCUAUGCCCUGCCCCGAAAAGUCAUCACGGCCGCCGUCAUUGGCAGCUUGAUCUGCGGCCUGCUGCUUGUCAUUGCCCUGGGCUGUACCUGUAAACUCUAUGCCAUCCGCACACAGGAAUACAGCAUCUUUGCGCCCCUUUCAAGAGUGGAGGCCGAGAUUGUACAGCAGCAAGCACCUCCAUCCUACGGCCAGCUUAUUGCUCAAGGUGCCAUCCCACCUGUAGAUGACUUUCCGACUGAGAACCCCAAUGACAACUCAGUGCUGGGGAACCUUCGAUCUCUGCUACAAAUCCUGCGCCAGGACGUGUCUUCAGGGGGCUCCUCGGGUACCCGCCGCCGCCAACGAGGCAGAUCCGCACGACGAUUGGUUCGCCGUCUCCGUCGUUGGGGAUUGCUUCCCCGUGCAAAUCCCCCUUCCAGGGCCCUGGAUGCCAACCUACAGUCUACGUCUGCCCCAUCUACCUCUGAUGCCCCAGAGGGCAGUCAGGGCACCCCUUUAGAAGGAGCAAUGGGUGGGCGAGAUCCAGAGGAGGCCCCUCCAUUGCCUGUCAAGGUGCCCCUUUCUUCUACCAACUCCCCCCGUGUACCCCCUGAAGACCCACCUCCUCCUACCACCCCACCUCCACCCCCAUCAUCCCUGUUGUCUGGGGUGGUGCAGGCUCUGCGUGGUCGCUUCAUGCCCAGCCUUCGGUCCCCUACACCCCCCCAGGCCACACCGGACCCUCGAACAGUGCCCCCAUCCCAAGAGGAUGAGGAUGAUGUGCUACUGCUGCCCCUGGCAGAGCCUGGGCCAUGGGUAGGUGAGGAGGAUGAGCCACUGCUGACUUAAGUCCCCAUGGCAACAGCCCCUUUGCCCAGGCAAUCCAAGGUCUGUGCAGCCUUAUCUUCGCUGAAUGCCUGGGGAGAUCAUCCCUGCACCAGGCCUGAGGAGAUGCCAAAUGAUACCCUACUUCUCACACCUUGCCCAUAGCCUUGUUGUAGCUACUGUAAAGUUGAGUGUCUCAGGGCUAGUGGGACCCCUGACCCUGUUCCCUCACCCUGCCACUAUCAGGGCAGUGCCUGCUGUAUCCUGAAUAAGAGGCCUACACAGAGUUCUUACCUAAAGGCCAAAGAUAGGUAGUGCUCCCUGGCCUACCCCCAGAGUCUGAGGCUAUUCAGAAAUAAGUGAGUGAGCUCUUGAAGGGUCAGGUGGCAGGACACUCCUCCCUUGCUAAUUCCUUCCUACCCUAACCAGAAUACUUGGAACAAGGAGAAACAUCAAUCUGCAGAUGUCUGCAGCCCCCAAGGGAAAGGGUUUGGAUAGGAUUUAGAGCUCUACUGUCUAAGGGACCUGCCUGGUUCUUCUUCACCAAGAAGUGAAAAUAAUAAAUAAAAUAACUAAAAAUAAAUUUUUGCAGAAUAA